AUGUGGCUCGCUCGCUUAUCGAUUACUGAUCUUAGUGAUCUUGGUGAUCUUGGUGAUCUUGAUGAUCUUGGUGAUCUUGGUGAUCUUAAUGAUCUUGGUGAUCUUAAUGAUCUUGGUGAUCUUAAUGAUCUUGGUGAUCUUGGUGAUCUUGGUGAUCUUGGUGAUCUUAGUGAAUAA